UUUUCACACGUACCUCUUUACGGGGAUAUGUGUUCGAAUCUGGCAACCGUGUUGCGGGACCGCUGUGGGGAUGAGCAGCGGCUAAUGGCUGACUGGGAGUUCUGAUUAGCUUGCCGCUGUUUGUGAUGUGGGACCUUGUUUUGGUGAACCAUUCCUGAAGGUGCAUUUGGAAGAAAGAGCCUACGAGUGCCAGGCCGUGUAGGGUUGGCAGCCGCUUUGCAACAUGUCCAAGAGCAAGAGCUCGGAGUCGAUCAAGGUGGUGGUCCGCUGUCGCCCUAUGAAUGAAAAAGAAAAGGCAGCCAAGUUUGAAAGGGUCGUCUCUGUCGACGUGAAACUGGGCCAAAUAAUUGUCAGGAACCCCAGGGAGGCUGCUGCCAAUGAACACCCCAAAGUCUUCACUUAUGAUUCAGUAUACGACUGGAACUCUAAACAAAUAGAUUUGUAUGAUGAAACCUUCAGGCCCCUGGUGGACUCAGUUUUACUUGGGUUCAACGGGACCAUUUUUGCCUAUGGUCAGACGGGUACAGGGAAAACAUACACCAUGGAGGGGGUGAGAAAUGAUCCAGAGAGGAGAGGGGUAAUCCCAAACUCAUUUGAGCAUGUCUUCACUCACAUAUCCCGCUCCCAGAAUCAGCAGUACUUGGUGAGAGCAUCGUAUCUAGAAAUCUACCAGGAGGAGAUCAAAGACCUGCUCUCCAAAGACCAGACCCGCCGUCUCGAGCUCAGAGAGAGGCCUGACACCGGUGUGUAUGUGAAAGACCUUUCCUCAUUUGUCACCAAGAGCGUGCGGGAGAUUGAACAUGUCAUGAACGUGGGCAACCAGAAUCGAUCAGUGGGUGCCACGAACAUGAAUGAACACAGCUCCCGUUCUCAUGCUAUCUUCGUCAUCACCGUGGAGUGCAGUGAGCUGGGUGUGGAUGGGGAGAACCAUAUCAGAGUGGGCAAACUGAACCUGGUAGAUCUAGCAGGAAGUGAAAGACAGACCAAGACUGGUGCUCAGGGGGAGCGCCUCAAAGAAGCCACGAAGAUCAACCUGUCGCUUUCUGCUCUGGGGAACGUCAUAUCAUCUCUGGUGGACGGCAGGAGCAGCCACAUCCCGUACCGAGACUCCAAACUCACCCGCCUGCUGCAGGACUCUCUUGGGGGAAAUGCCCGCACAGUCAUGGUGGCCAACAUCGGCCCUGCAUCCUACAACCUGGAGGAGACACUGACAACGCUGCGCUACUCCAACAGGGCUAAGAACAUUAAAAAUAAACCACGUAUCAAUGAAGACCCCAAAGAUGCCCUGCUGAGGGAGUUCCAGGAGGAGAUCGCAAGGCUGAAGGAACAGCUGGAGAAGCGCUCCGGAAAGAAGAAAAGGAGGAGGAAGAGGAGGGGUGGGGAAGGGAGCGACGGUGAGGAUCUGGAGGAAGGGGAGACGGAGGAGGAUGAGGAAGAAGGGGAAGAUAAAGGGGAUUACUGGCGGGAGCAGCAGGAGAAGUUGGAGAGAGAGAGAAAAGCCAUCAUGGAGGAUCACAGUCUGGUGGCUGAGGAGAAACUCCGGCUGCUCAAAGAGAAAGAGAAGAAGAUGGAAGACCUGAAGAGGGAGAAGGACGCCGGGGAGAUGCUGUCAGCCAAAGUGAAGGCGAUGGAGAGUAAGCUCCUGGUGGGGGGGAAGAACAUUGUGGAUCACACCAAUGAGCAACAGAAAAUGCUGGAGCUGAAGAGGCAGGAAAUCACGGAGCAGAAACGGAGAGAGCGGGAGAUGCAGCAGCAGAUGGAGAGUCGAGACGAGGAGACUCUGGAGCUGAAGGAGACGUACAGUUCUCUGCAGCAGGAGGUCGACAUCAAAACCAAGAAGCUGAAGAAGCUGUUUGCCAAGCUGCAGGCAGUGAAGGCAGAGAUCCAAGACAUCCAGGAGGCGCACAUCAACGAGCGGCAGGAUCUGGAACAGACCCAGAACGAGCUCACCCGAGACCUCAAACUCAAGCAUCUGAUCAUCGAGAACUUCAUUCCCUUAGAGGAGAAGAACAAAAUAGUCCACAGGGCUUACUUUGAUGAAGAGGAUGAAUACUGGAAAACAAAGCCAAUCACACGUCUAGAGGAUGACCAGCAGAUGAUGACCCGGCCUCUGUCUGCAGUGGGCUACAGGAGGCCUCUCAGUCACCACGCUCGCAAGUCCAUGAUGAUGAGGCCGGACAUGAGAUACAAAGCUGAGAACAUCAUGGUGCUGGACAUGGACCUGCCUGCCCGCACCACUAAGGAGUACCAGGAGCCCGUUAUCGCCCCCAAGGUGGCGGCGGCUCUGGAGAGCGCUCUGCGGGACGAGGAUGAGAUCCAGGUGGAUGCCUCGGGCUUCCACAGCAGCUUGGGAUCAACCCCCCCUGCCAGCGGCAGCCUCAAGAAGCCAAAGUCUGGUCGACCCAGAUCAGUAAAGAAGUCGAGCACCCCCACCUCUCCGUUCAGCCCCUCCAGUCCAGGAUCCCAGCUUUACCCACAGUCCCGCGGUCUGGUGCCCAAGUGACAUCAUCCACAGCUCAAAGCACCAACCUCUCCGGUGCACCUUUCACUUUGGGAGAAAGAAUGAUAGAAUAUGGGAUUCUGCAAAAAACGUUAAAGACUAUUGCUGCUUUGUAAGUUUGAACUGUAACCACACCACUAUGAGCUGCUGCCCCCCCCCCCCCCCCCCC